UUUCCAGAGGAGCUUCACACCGCAACAGAUCCAACCUUCCAUGAAAGUGUUGAGGUUUAACAAAGUAGCCGAAGACCCUAGCCUAAAAAGCGGCGAAGAAUUAUCGUAACGAAGAAUUUAGCCUUUUCAGUGUAUACAAUUCCUUUCUUUUUAGCUUAAUAUAUAUAUAUAUUCUUCUUACAACUGUCGUCUCUUUUCGGAAGUUAAAAUGAACAAUCUGUGGUUGUUGUUUUUCGUCGGACUAGCGACUGGGUUUAUCAGUGAAAAACUCUUUGUCUCCUCCCAAACACCCUUGUCCACGACAGAGGACAUGUACCUAGAGGGCCGUGCGUCUGGGGACCUCCCUAUAGAUGAUGAAGAUGGUGACAACGGCUCAGGCUCUGGAUCCGGAGACUACACUUUAACAGAUAAAGAAGAGCUUCUCAGGAAGUUCCUCAACUUCUCAGAGACCACGGUUUUCAAGGCAACGGUUUCAACUCGACCCCAGCCAACAGCAGACUCUCCUCACAAGCCAUCGACCACAGCAGCAGACAGUCAGGAUCCGUCAACAAAAGAGAAGGACACAGAGACAACGCCAUUCCUAACAUCAAAUGGGGACAACAGUGAGGAGGAGGUGGCAGAUCCAACAGCUGAUUGGUUCCCAAAGAUUACCAGCUCCACCAACAUGCCCUUCACUAAAAAUACUGAAACAGAAUUCGGCAUCGAUAUCACUGUAAUCAAAGAUAUCAGCGAGGACAACAGUCUGGAUACGUGGGAUGACUCGACAACGAAAAACAGCAAAGAUGAUGUCCAGAUCAAAAAGGAGGACAACGAUAUUGUGCCUAAUAAUGGCCGAGGCAGCAGAAGGUAUAACAAUGGCGCUCCUGAAGAGGUGACCUCUGAGAACAUGUGGGAGAGGACAGAGGUACUGGCAGCUGUUAUAGCAUGUGGAGUGGUUGGAUUCCUCUGUGCUGUUUUCCUGCUCCUCCUCCUCGCCUACCGUAUGAAGAAGAAGGAUGAAGGAAGCUACGAUCUGGGGGACACCAAAGUUUCAACAACAGCCUAUCACAAAGCGCCUACCAAGGAGUUCUAUGCCUGAACAGACCAAUAGAGACUUUCAAUGGAGUAUGUCUCCUCUCAAUCAGGACUGAAAUGGAUCUUUAAACAACUGAAGAUGAAGUCAAUUACCUCUGUCUUCUUCAGUGCUCCCACCAUUUCCCCCCUAUAUUUCCUACCUUUCCCCUCUGCUACUGUUUCACAUCUGGCCAUAUGACGUUCAGUGUUUGUAAAUAAGAGCUCAUAAGGGAACAAAUAAGACUUAAAAUACAUUCCCAUCAUUCCAUUCUGGAGAAGGAGUUGCAGAUUAAACACACAUCUGUAAUUUCAGUAGAGAAAUAGUUUAAGUAUCGAAAUGGAUAACAACUGUUCCAGUCUAGGAAGGUAAUCAACUGAAAACACUGGGCUUUUAGACCAACUUUACUUCUCUAAGCAGAACCGCAGUGGGCUGGACUUUGUUCUGCAUUACACAUAUCAAUUGUUCCCUUCAGCAGAGCUACAGCCUGAACGGUCCCGGAUCAGCUUGCCAACCUUUAGGAAGUAUAUAUGAUAGCCUUCACGCAUUUUGAAUGCUGUUAAAUGAAACGGUACUACAUAUGGGAUUAUUAUAAUAAGGGGCCUUCAAAAAUGUCAACUCUUCUUCCUCUUUUUUUGAGGUUAAAUCUUCGGUGUUUAUGACAUUUUCAUUUUUACAUUUCAUCUUCGGUAUGCUUUCUUCGCUGAAUUGAUACAUUUUUUUUGUUGUUUUGAGGAAUAUGUCUUUUUAUUUUAUAUGCUGUCCAGUAUUGGUAUGAGAGAUUUUGUUACUCUGUAGGUACACAUUUCUGUUGUUUUCUCACAGAUAUAAGACGCGUAUAGAAAUGACCAAAUAUAAAUGUGCUUUAUUUGUCUUUUGGAAAAUUAUUUUUUAGUAGCUUUUUCAAUUUGUUUGAUGUUUUAAAGAUUAUAUUUCUAUAAGCCAUUUUUAAAGGAGAAUUCAGUGUUUCGUUGUAUUCAUACAGUGAUAGCCUUAUCUAUGCCUUCAGCUUUGCAUCCCACAUUAGAAUUAUCUUCAGGACUAUUUUUUUAGUGACUGAGUGCAGCAAUACGUGGAUGAGGAUUGCUAAGUCAGAGCCAAUACUGAUGACUAUAAUUCAGGAACUGUAGAAUUGACCAAUGUUUUCUGAAGAGGCCAAAGCACAUUCCUCUGUGACUGUCAACUAUACAGCUACAACAGCAGCUAUGAAAACAGUGACAUUGUUACUGACAUGAUUACCACAAAUCAGUUAUUUAUUUACUGCUUACAAAUAGUUUUACACAAUUUAUAAUAUGAGAGCGUCAGGUUUUAAACAAGUGUUUUCUAAUUAUCAAUCUUUACCUCAAACAGCCAACCAAAGGAGAAUGACACACACUUCUUACUUGUAUACAGCCUUUAUCCCUAGUUGUGAUAAAGUUUACCACCAGCUACCUACCUUUUAUGUGUCAAAGAGCAAAACUUUUCACAUUAGUCUCUAAUUGCAAAUGUCUUGGAGUAGCCAUAUCUUUGGCCUUAUAAUCUUAAGAAAAAGUCCAAUAAUUUGUUAACCACCUUUGGUCAUCAAAAUGACUGAUCAGCCAUCUAUUGAUAGAAAGAAUUUGGAUUAAGUAGUGAACUAUGAGACUUUGUUGAUUUUGAGUUUAAUGUCAAAUUUGUACUGGUGGUUAUUUUUUACUUUCAAAGUUUGAUUGUCUUUAUUAGGCAAUCUAACGUCGAUGAAUGUGGUUACAUUUAUUUGUUGUCCUAUAGUCCUACUUAUUAGUGUUUACAUGAUAUCAUACCUUUUUCAAAGUAUGAAAGAUUAUUUUAAAGUUAUAAUAGAUUUUCCAAAUGCGAACUGCCUUAUAGCACGGCUGGAAUAAAAUAAGACAUUCUUAAAACUAUCCCACUGCGGCUUACUGUAACGUGAGAUACAUGAACUCUCACAACACAUUUUUGUAGACAUUUUAUCAGUUGUUAUUAACGAACUGUACAGAACCUUAGCAGGAUUAUUUGACAGUGUGAUCUAGGAGAUAGUGACAUUUCUGACAUCCAUAUCAACAGAAAUGUCAGAAAAAUGUCUUGCAUAAACCUGACCCCUAGAGAGAUAUGACAACAGGUCAGCACUUUGUAGCAAUCAACAGGUGAUCACACACAAUAACAUUUCUUUGUCUUGGAUCUCUGUAAGUGUAUACAGUAUGCUGAUGAUACUAUAAUUUAUAUGUAUUAAUUUAUACUUGCUUAGACUAUAAUCGAGGUUCAUAUGUCAGUGAUCAAUUUAAGAUUGUACAGUAUUUACUCAUUCCCAUGUGUUUGACAAGCUUGGUUUUAAUUCAAUUUCAUUAUCAGAUGUCUUUUUUUUUUUAACGUUUUUUGUAUGGAUAAUUUGUAUAAAACUUUGAAGUAUAAUAAGUUACUUGUAAAUAUAUUGAAGCUUUAAUUAUCAUAAUCAAAGUUGAAUAUGAAUUUGCUGAAUCUUUGAUUUUGAACACAAACAUUUUACAUUUACACAAUGAGGGAGACCAACCAAAAAAUCUAUUCUCAGAUAAGUUAAGCACAUCACGUGGCCAAUAGAGAAGUGUAUUGUUAAAACUCUGUAUUUUAUUAGGAUCACUACUGCGUAAAAUAUGUGGCUUUAAUACAAUUCUACAAUGGUG